GCUCCGCGAAAGCUCCGCGCUGACUUAUCUUUUGUUUAUUAGCCUAAGUUGUGCGUUUUCGAUUGUGACCGGUUGGACUGUGAAGUUCAGGAUUUUUCUUUCAAAUCUGUUCAUAAACUAUUUGUUGCAUUGUUCUGUUUUUACUUAGUGAUUUUGAUAGGCCGCCUAAGAACUGUUGAUGUAGUUAGCACUGUUUGACUUCAAAGGGAUGAGCUUCAACUAGCGUCUCUUCCCGCUUUCCCGCACCAUGUUCCAUUCCACCUCCAACGCCACCGGCUACAGUGACGCAAACACGGGAUUCCACCAACACCUCCAACAGUCCCCCGUCUAUGUUCCCAGCAACAGGGCGAUGCCGCAGUACCCUUCUCCGGCUGGUGGACACUUCGGUGGUGCUCACCAGAGCAGUUGGCAUACAAGUGGUGGAUACGGAGAGAUGACGGCCCCAGCAGCGCACGGUUUGACGACGUCCCCACACCACGCGGGAGCGCUAGCUGCCGGCCAGUUCUACGCCCAGAAUAUGAUGAUGGGAGGAUGGAGGCCGUACGAUGGUACGGGAUUUCAGAGAACCUCACCUUAUGAUGCUGGAAUGGAUUUUCCGUUUGGCGAAGGAAGAGAGUGUGUAAACUGCGGGGCGAUAUCUACGCCGCUGUGGAGAAGGGACGGAACGGGACAUUAUUUGUGCAAUGCUUGUGGUCUCUACCACAAGAUGAAUGGAAUGAAUAGACCACUAAUUAAACCAUCAAAAAGACUGAAUUUCCAAUUUCAGACGGCAACGAGAAGGUUGGGUCUCUGUUGCACGAACUGCGGCACCAGGACGACGACAUUGUGGAGAAGAAAUAAUGAUGGGGAACCGGUCUGUAAUGCCUGUGGGUUAUACUUCAAGUUGCACGGUGUAAAUAGGCCCUUAGCCAUGCGCAAGGAUGGCAUUCAAACACGCAAACGUAAACCAAAGAAGCCGGCGGGAGGAGACAGAGAUGACAGUAGCUCCACCUCUGUAGAAGAGUCAAAAACUCCUUCAAUGGUCCAUCAGUCCGGUCAACAGCAGCAUUCGUCGCAGAAUCAUCAAACUUCCUCACAAAAUCAUCAAAACCAUCAAUUAGAUAAGUCGUCACCAGUAGACAGACCAUACCUAGGUCAAACCUCCCUGCUACCUGCAACAAGUACAAGUGCAAUAAAGAGUGAACCAGGAUACGAGUCUUACAGUUGUAUACAAAACCAGCCAUCCUAUCCGUAUCAGCAAAUCUUCGGGUUCCCCAAUGGUACCUCAGGAAAUGGAGAUAUGGCUUAUCAUCACCAGCACCAUGUUACAGCUUCAGCUAAACUGAUGGCUUCGUCUUAAUUGUAUUACGUUUUUACAGACUACCUUUCGGCUUAGGUAUUUAUGUACUAGAUGAUGAAGAACUGAUUACUUUAGAAUUCAGAGGCGUUAGAGUGAAAAUCUACAAUAAAAAUUUUUUACUCAAACACCUCUGUAUGUAAACGGUUUUGAGCUUUUUCUCCAUUUUUUUUGUAGUGUAAAAUUUUUUGAGAACUGCUUUGAUAUUUAACCAAUGUUUUCAAAAAGUAUGUGAUUAUUUUUCCUGUUCGUUAAGUUUGCAUUCUUAUCUGUACCAUCUGACGUAUUGGUCUUUAGAUAUAAACUGGAUUUUCAACUUGAGAUGUCUUCAAGAAACUAUAUUUUACACGAUUUGUAUUAUUUAUUAUUAAAAAAUUAUUUGGGGAUCAGAUCUUAAUCAUCAUUCACGAUUCUGUUUAGAUUUACUUAUUUAAAACUCAGUGCACAAAGUGUUAAGAUUCACUAUAAAAUUGUACAAUCCAUAUGAGAUUUCUUAAAUUUAGUGUGGUAUAAUAUGUAUGAUAAAUACAGAGAGUGUGGAACUAAGAGCAAAAUUCAAAUCAUGAAAAUAAUGGUACAACUACAUUUGAUAUUUUGAAAACUUCUAAUCUUGUGAAUAUAGUAAUUUAUAUGCUCUUCCUUUAUUAACAGAAAAUUGUCAUAUUUUUUUAUUUACGUAUAUAUUGGAUAUAUGAUUUACCUUCCUGGUUGAAUUCAGUUUGUUACCAUUACCAAGUAUACCAAAUUUGAAAAGGAUAGCUUAAUUGCAAAAAAGAUAUUUUAGCAAAAUAUCAAUUUAUAAGAAAUAACUUUGAGAUUAUGUCACUCUGUUAACAGUUUUCGAAGAAGUCUCAUAGAAACCGUCUCACUAUUUACCCGCUAAAUAUUUUGCUCAUAGUUUCCUGACACUUUGUAUAAUUCGUUAAAAGUGAACACCAUUCCUCAAAAUAUAAAAUGAUAUCUAUCUGAUAUUUCAUAGGAUUAAUUAAAAUGUGUGGAAAUUGGUCACCUAGACAAAUAUGAAAUCAAUGAUGUGAUUUCAGCAAAAUUGUUUAAAAAUUGAUUUUGAUAAACGUUGAUAUGGUUCUACAAAAUAAACCAAAUUCUAUUAUCACUCAGGGAUAUCGAAAAUGAUGUACUAGAAAUACAGCUGAUGUAAUUCUUUAUAGUUGCAAGCUUUCUGAUUUAAAUGUGGCCAAGGAAAUAAUAAAUAAUAAUUUAAAAUUAAUUUCUGAGUGGACUCUCAAAAAUACUUUAUCAGUAAAUCUGAAUAAGGGAAAAAAUAUUAUAUUUUGAUCAACUACUCAGAUCCGAAAUCUUGAUAACCUAUGGUUUGUAAGCAGCGACUGAAAAAUACCUACUCGUAGAACUAAAAACUAGAAUGGUGGGAACCCAGACAGUAUACCCAAACAAGAGAAAACCAUCCCUUGGGAAUUCCAGACCACCAGA